GGGUAUCGGUGCCGAUACCGAAAGUCCAUGACCUAAUGAUCUCAGCGGAAGAGGAAAGCUCCACCAAAGUCUAUUCCUCCAACCAUCUACGACUCCAUCGUAUGCAACAAUCGAUUCUAAGAUUCUGAACCUGCAAUUCGUCUUCCCCAACUCAUCAUCAGCGCAAGGGUUCACAGGCCUCCACUUGCAAAGCACAUCUACUGGCAAUAGAAGGAAAUGACUAGCUAUCUGUGGCGGAAAUAUGCUGAUCACUUGUACACAAAGUGGGAGAAAACUUUCCUUUGGGACAUGAUUGAGAAAUACAGGCGGCCGAAAUCUUUCACACCACUCGUCACCAUCUAUGUCACUGCGUUCUAUACGGGGGUCAUUGGAUCUGCUAUUACAGAGCAACUUUACAAGGAGAAAUAUUGGGAAGAUCACCCAGGAGAGGCAGUGCCCCUUAUGAAACCGAAAUUCUAUUAUGGUCCUUGGAAGGUACAGAGGGCAGAUUUCCUCCCACCGAACCAGUGAAAGUGAAAUCAAACCUUGUAAAAUGAAACAUGCUUUGGGGUGUCUUUAUCAUAGCAUUUUGUCUCUGUAGUCUCCGUAUGUGUUGCAAUUUUUUAUACUAAUUCUAAAUGGAAGUGGAACUAUAUUUAUAGUUCAAGUGGAAUAACAUACAUAUAUGGCCAAGCAAAAGAGUUAGGUAAAGGGCCUAAAGGCUAAAGAGAAAAGGUGAUCCAGAAUAAUUGUUUUUUGAUGUAAGGUUAAGAAUACAAUUAUUAGCAGUGAAUUACAUGUGAUUUUUUUCUUUC